AUGGGAUAUAAGAUAUAUUCUAACUCUGACUUAGUUCAAACAGUAACAUGGGCAAACUAUGAAUGGUUCGCUUUGAGAAACUCAGUACAACCACAAGCUAGAGAACAAACAGACCAGUAUGCAAAUAUUGAGAAAAUAAGAAGACUUGACCCUAACGUUCCAGGAGUUUAUGUUAACCUUUCUGGACAAACUGCUGCAGCAGUAACCAAAGUAAAACUGAAACUUAGAGUUCCUUUGUCAUCUUUCCUCAUCUUCAGGUUUUUAAGAUACUUGCCAAACUGGGCAGGAAAAAUUUCUAUCGAACUUACUCCAAGCAAAAAUAACUUAGUCAUUGCACCAACACAAGACCCAUUCAGCAUUACUGUAGCUGGAACUGGUGGAGCCAAGUUCUGUGACUUUUGCAAAGACAAAGUUGACUUAGACUUUGGUUUCUCAAACCUCAACACUGAAGUAAACUAUUAUUUCAAUGCUGCUGGAGAUGCUUGGGACCCAGUUAAGUUCACAUGCGAAAAAUUUGAAUGCAAGAGAAUAGAAAGCAGACUUGCAGUCUAUAUGUUGGACCCAGAUAUUUCAAAUGCUUUAGCUGCCAAAUAUAUUGCAGUUCCACUUAUGUUCCCUAUACACCAAAUAUCUGUCAAAGACUUUGCAGGUGAAGUUGGAAACCAAAAUCCAGGAGCCGAAGGUGCAAGAACAGAUAUUGCUUUAACAACUGCAAUGAAACAUGCAGAUACUAUGUUUGUACUGUUCAGACGAACUAUAAAUGACUAUUCUUGUUUCUACAACCCUGGUAUUAAAUAUCAUAUAAACAUAGAUGGCAAAUAUUAUCCAAGAGAAGAAUAUUCUACAGUUGAGGAUAUGAGGUCAUACAACUUGACAUUAGAUGCUAUGAACUUUAACAACAACUUCACAACAACCAUUAACCCUGAAAUGCAAAGUUCUAUUAUGCCAUAUGUGAAAGUAUGGACUCAUACAGGAGGUCAAAAAACUCAAUAUACAAAUGGAGACC